AUGAACAACUAUUUACAAAGAAUAGGGUUUACAGUAUGGAGGAGAAAAACUACUAUUAUAGUGUUGGGUGGUAUUUUAGCUUUUCUAAUAUUUGGCGUUAAUUUUAUAAGAGUACCUGAAAAAGAUGAUUACAUGAAAGAAGAACGCGAUGCUCAAGUAAUAGCAGACGCGCUUCUUCGCAGUAUAAAUGUAAAAUUUGUUGAAACAGUCAAUCGAUUCAAAGGUAACAGUGCCCAACCCACCGAAUCAACUAACAUGGACCAAAACAAAGAAGAUUUGACUGUAAAAAAUCAAGUGGAAAGUUUGGAAAUUGAACAACAAUUGGGCAUACCAUUUGUCAAUUUAGAUAGUAAACGCCCUUAUGUACCAAGUAAAAGAAUUGUACACUUUGAUCUUAAAGGAGCACCACCACGCAUAUCGUAUUUGAAAAGACUGUUUCCCUUAAUUAAGACUAUGGGUGCUACUGGAAUAUUAAUGGAAUAUGAGGAUAUGUUUCCAUUUAGUGGUUUUCUUAAGAAUAUAACAGCAAAGAAUGCCUACACUGUAGAGCAAAUCAAGGAGAUCCUAGAUUUGGCUGAAGAAUCUAAAUUAGAUGUAAUCCCAUUAAUACAAACAUUUGGACAUGUUGAAUUUGUGCUGAAACACCCUGAAUUUUCAAAUAUUAGGGAAGUUGUGGGCAGUCCUCAAGCCCUUUGCCCAAGUAGAAAUUCUUCUUUGAAUUUUAUUAAGGAACUUGUUACUCAGGUUAUGGUUCUUCACCCCAAUUCUAAAUACCUACAUAUUGGUUGCGACGAAGUUUUCCAAAUGGGCGAGUGCGACGUUUGCCGUUUGGAACUCCAUGAAACAUUAUUCUUACGACACGUGCGCAAGGUUGCCAAUAUCGUACACGAGAAAUACCCCGAGGUGCGUGUUAUUAUUUGGGACGACAUGUUGCGACACCUAUCGCAGCAGACUAUGAUCGACAUGAACCUUGGAAAGCUCGUAGAACCUAUGGUAUGGGUGUAUGCUGAAGAUAUUUACAGGUUUGUUCAGCCACCUGUUUGGGACAAAUACGCUGUAGUUUUUAAAACUGCUUGGACCGCCUCAGCCUUCAAGGGUGCUUUUGGAGAAACCAUGUACAUUCCCAACACUAAAAGACACCUAGAAAACAAUUUAAGAUGGUUGGACGUCAUGUCACAACAAUCUUCAGUAUUUAAACAAGGCAUGGCCGGUAUAGUAUUAACAGGUUGGCAAAGAUACGAUCAUUUUGCCGUAUUAUGUGAGUUACUACCAGCCGCUGUGCCAUCUCUUGCCAUAAAUCUAAUAGCUGUGUCAAAAGGAUAUUUUAAUUCAUCUUUAAAGGAUCAAUUUUUAAGUGCUUUGAGCUGUCCCAUUCAAAACAACCUGCGCAAUUCACCGUUUAUAAGUCUCGACUCGGACCCAUUCAUGUGGGAAAAAUUAAGCAAAUGCAUGUUUCCCGGUUCUCCAUUCUUCAGACUCACCUAUCGCUUACAUAGCACCGAGAAAGAAACAAACGAAUAUCUACAUCUAACCAAAAAACAAAAGGGUUGGAUGACCGACUACAACAUACGUCACAAUUACAGCCUACCGUUACGCGUCGAGGAAUUGACCAAUGAACUGCCGCGCGUUUAUCACGGUAUGAUAUCAUUGGCCAGAUCGGCGGCGGAUGCGAUGCUAGAUAUUUUUGAUGGAUAUACGAUUUCGGAAUGGAUCGAGCAGCAUAUUUAUCCGUAUAUUAUUGAGUUGGAAACAAUUCAAAAUCAAAGUCUUGCGUUGAAAAGUGUCAAUCAGUGGCCCUCUAGGCCACUACCACCUUUAAAAGAUUUUAAAAGAUUAGGUAUACCACUGUCUGUUAACUAA